AUGCUUCGACAGCCCAUUCAGCGCAUUACUUCAAGCAACUUACGCAACAUCACAUUAAAGAGCUUGACCGCUUCUUACACAACUUCCCUUCAACCCACUGCAAAAUCUGUUGCUCCUACAGUUGAACAAGCAGCGAAUCGUGCAACAACCUGGUCAGAGACCCAACGUGCUAAAGCUGAUGCCUUAAAAGGUCCACGAUUUGAGCAAAUGGAUCUCAGUACCCAGCCUAAUCCUAUGGCCGCUAUUGAACUCAUCGCUGAAGAACCUAUCAGAUUUGUCAAUAAACGUAUUGCUCACUGUGACGGCGGUGGUGGACCUUUGGGUCACCCUAAGGUGUAUAUCAAUUUGGAUGCUUCUGGACCUCAAGCAUGUGGUUAUUGCGGUAUUCGUUUCCAAAAGCUCGAUGAUCAUCAUCAUUAG